CACGGUGAUCGGCAGUGCGCUGUGUCCCUCGGACACAGCGGAUCACCAAUCCAAGGAAAGAGCCAAUCGCAAGUCCAAUCACAGCUGAUCACAUGACAUGUACACUGAUCAUCAGGGCACUGAUGAUCAGUGUGCCCUGAUGAUCAGUGUGGCCCCAGAAGUGCCACCUGUCAGUGUCCAUCAGUGCCAGCUGUCAGUGCUGAACAGUGCCACGUGCCAGUGCCCAUUAGUGCAACAUCAAUGCCACAUAUCAGUGCCUACCAGUGCACAUCAAUGCCACAUAUCAGUGCCCAUCUGAGUUGCCCUUCAGUGUCACCCAUCAGUGCCAGUCAGUGCCACCUAUCAAUGCCAAUCAGUGCCACAUAUCAGUGCCAGUCAGUG